AUCUUUGUUCAUCUGCCACAGAGAGAGAGAGAGAGAGAGAGAGAGAGAGUCCAUGGAAGAUUACGAGAAGCUCGAGAAGGUAGGAGAAGGGACGUAUGGGAAGGUUUACAGAGCAAGAGAGAAAGCCACAGGGAAGAUCGUAGCCCUCAAGAAGACUCGUCUCCACGAGGACGAUGAAGGCGUCCCGCCAACUACCCUUCGAGAAGUCUCUCUCCUGCGAAUGCUAUCCAUCGAUCCCCAUGUUGUAAGGCUGUUGGAUCUCAAACAAGGCCAGAACAAAGAAGGGAAGACGGUUCUCUAUCUUGUUUUCGAAUACAUGGAUACGGAUCUUAGAAAGUACAUCAAAAGCUUUCGCCAGACUGGAGAGAAAAUGCCCACCAAAACUGUUAAGAGUUUGAUGUACCAACUUUGCAAGGGUGUUGCAUUCUGCCACGGUCAUGGUGUACUGCACAGGGAUCUGAAACCUCACAAUCUUCUAAUGGAUCGAAAGACGAUGAUGCUUAAAAUAGCAGACCUUGGGCUUAGUCGAGCAUUUACUAUUCCAAUCAAGAAGUACACUCACGAGAUAUUGACAUUGUGGUAUAGAGCUCCAGAAGUACUUUUGGGGGCAACUCAUUACUCCACACCAGUAGAUAUGUGGUCUGUCGGCUGUAUAUUUGCUGAGCUGAUCACGACACAGGCCCUCUUUCCCGGGGAUUCAGAACUGCAACAGCUCCUUCAUAUCUUCAGGCUGUUGGGCACUCCAAAUGAAGAAGUAUGGCCAGGAUUGAACCAAUUAACAAAUUGGCAUGAGUACCCUCAGUGGAGGCCUCAAAGUUUGUCAUCAGCCGUUCCUAAUCUUGAUGCAGAUGGGAUAGAUCUGCUUUCGAAGAUGUUGCAGUACCACCCCUCAAAGCGAAUAUCUGCGAAGAAAGCUAUGGAGCAUCCUUACUUCGAUGAUUUGAAUAAAGAUUAUCUUUGAAAGGCGACUAAUUUUCUCAGGCGAUGCUUUGUCCCCAAAAGCUCUGUGGAUUUAAAAUGCUGACAUGUUUGGUGGAUGUUUUCAACUGCUUUCCUUAAGCAUUUGGUUGUUUAACUGUUGUUUGGUUUAAUGUUUAGAGAUUGUUGAUGGUAACUUGGUCCUGAUUUAAGUGAAUGACUAUUGAGAUUCCAGUGUCCUGAUUCUUUUGGAUGGGAAAACUAAAAUGUGGAUAUGGGAAACUAAGAAGGAUUAUUGCGGUGGACAUGGAAAACUGUGGAUUCGAAUAGCAAUUUGUUACUUCUGGGAGAA